AGCUGUCAACCAUAGCUCUGCAGUCUGCACUCCUCUCUGGCUCUCUCCAUCGUCUCUCUUCGCUCUCAUUCCGUGAAGCUCGCUCGGCCCCUUUGCCUCAUUUUUUCGUCAAAGUACCAACAUAGUGGCGACGACGACGUUCUUCUGUGCGGCAGUCAGCGAGCCUCUCACUUCAACCUCUGACUUCGUGUCUCUCUCUCUCACUCAUUGGAAAAAACGUCACAAUGAGGAAUGCAAGUAAGAGGAAGAGAGAACCCCAACAUGGUCCACAACAAAACAAGAAACAUUUCACGAAAUCACCUUCUCGAUCUCAAGCUAACCCUAAGCCCCAGGAGGAGUACUUCGAGGAGAAGCGCAACUUGGAAGAUUUGUGGAGAGAAGUUUUCCUUGUUGGAACAGAGUGGGACCAAUUGGAUUCUGUAUAUCAGUACAAGUGGAAUUUCUCUAAUCUGGAAAAUGCAUUUGAAGAGGGCGGUGUUCUACAUGGGAAAAGGGUUUACCUUUUUGGUUGCACUGAGCCUCAACAAGUCUGCUUUAAAGAUGUAGAAAAAGUUGUCUUCGUACCUAUUAUUGUCGCUGUAGUAUCACCUUUCCCACCAUCUGAUAAAAUUGGGAUUACCUCUGUUCAAAGAGAGAAUGAAGAGAUUAUUCCCAUGAAACAAAUGAAAAUGGAUUGGAUCCCAUAUAUGCCUCCAAAGGACCGAUUGAAGUCUCAAAUAUUUAUCUUGAGUUGCACCCAAAGGAGGUCUGCUUUAAAACAUCUAAAGUUGGAACAAGUAAAAAAGUAUGAGUACUGCUUGCCAUAUUUCUACCAUCCAUUCAAGGAAGACGAACUUGAACAAAGUACCGAGGUUCAAAUAUUGUUUCCAACAGAGCCGAAGCCGGUCUUUUGUACAUUUGAUUGGGAGUUUGAAGAUCUUGAGGAGCUCACUAAUGCUGUCAUACAAGAUGAGGAAUUAUCAGCAGAUCAAAAAGAUGUCUUCAAGGAAUUUGUCAAGGAAAGAGUACGUGAAGCAAAGAAAGCUAAUAAAGAGGCAAGGGAAGCUCGGAGAAAAGCCAUUGAGGAAAUGAGUGAGGAAACUAAAGCUGCAUUUGAAAAUAUAAGAUUUUACAAAUUCUAUCCUGUGCAAAGUCCAGAUGCUCCUGAUGUGUCAAAGAAGUGUAACGUCAUUAACAGGUAUUAUGGAAAGGCUCAUGAGUAUCUGUGAUUUGCUCCCAGACGACGAUGUUGACGGCUUAAAACUUUCCAUGCUUGUUUUGCGUGUAGCUAGAAGUGGUCUGGUUGUUGUUUACCGUUCUCAGUGGCGUAGUUAUUAAGAUCGAACAGGUAAUUAACUCUAUCAGAGUAUUGGGUUAUUGGAUUACUAGUGUUUGUCCUUUUUUUUCUAAUUU